AUGGUUCAUCAUUCCCGGAGGGAGUCCUUUUCCGACAUGGCCGGCUCCAUCGUUUGUCCCGACACUGAUCUUCUCUGGCCAUUCGGGAAGCUUGAUGGGCUUGAUCGGGAUGAGAUCCGGGAGACCGCGUACGAGAUCUUUUUCGCUGCGUGUAGAUCAUCACCAGGGUUUGGAGGAAGAACCGCUCUCACGUUCUACUCAAAGCACAAUGGUGGUGACAAUCAAGGAGAUGGAGUAGGAGGUGGAUCCGGGUCUGGAUUCGGAUCUUCAGGGAGGAAAGAAGUGGUGACAACACCGACAAGUCGAGUUAAAAGAGCUUUAGGGUUGAAAAUGCUUAAAAGAUCUCCCUCUAGGCGAAUGUCUACAACAAUAGGAGCAGCCUUGGGAGCCAAGUCAGCUCCUUCCUCUCCUGGUAGUGUAAACAUAGGAGGUGGUUCCUCCUUACACAUUAGCCAAGGAGCUGGGUUCUUGACCGUCCCGCCUUCUCGGCCUAGACGACCGUUAACUUCUGCGGAAAUCAUGAGGCAACAAAUGAGGGUAACGGAACAAGGUGACACUCGGCUCAGGAAAACCCUAACGAGAACGCUUGUUGGUCAAACUGGUAGGGGAGCAGAGACGAUAAUCCUUCCGUUAGAGCUUCUCCGCCAUGUUAAAACAUCAGAGUUUGGUGAUGUACAUGAGUAUCAGAUUUGGCAAAGAAGACAACUUAAAGUCCUUGAAGCUGGUCUUCUCCUUCACCCAUCAAUCCCUCUUGAUAAAACCAACAACUUCGCUAUGCGUCUCCGUGAAAUCAUCAGACAAAGUGAGACAAAACCCAUCGACACCGGGAAAGCCUCAGAGACAAUGUCCACACUUUGUAACUCUGUGGUCUCCUUAGCCUGUCGCAACACCAACCCUGAUGUGUGUCAUUGGUCUGAUGGAUACCCUCUUAACAUUCAUCUUUACGUGGCGCUUUUGCAGUCUAUUUUCGAUAUUCGUGAUGAGACAUUGGUUCUUGAUGAGAUAGAUGAGCUUUUAGAACUGAUGAAGAAGACAUGGUCAAUGCUUGGAAUCACAAGGCCAGUGCAUAACUUGUGUUUCACUUGGGUUCUGUUUCAUCAGUACAUUGUGACUUCUCAGAUGGAGCCGGACUUGCUUGGUGCCUCUCAUGCCAUGUUGGCUGAAGUUGCAAAUGACGCCAAGAAGUCUGAUCGUGAGGCUCUCUAUGUGAAGCUUUUGACCUCCACAUUGGCUUCUAUGCAAGGAUGGACGGAAAAAAGGUUGUUGAGCUAUCAUGACUAUUUCCAGAGAGGGAACGUUGGAUUGAUAGAGAAUCUUCUGCCAUUAGCAUUGUCUUCCUCAAAGAUCGUGGGAGAAGACGUGACGAUCUCUCAAGGGAAUAGUCAAGAGAAAGGUGAUGUGAAGUUGGUGGAUUCUUCAGGAGAUCGUGUUGAUUACUAUAUAAGAGCAUCUAUUAAAAACUCUUUCUCAAAGGUGAUAGAGAACCUGAAGACCAAAACUACAGCAACAGAGGAAGGAGAAGAAGCGGCGAAGAUGUUACUUGAGCUAGCUAAAGAGACAGAGGAGCUUGCUUUGCGUGAGCGAGAGUGUUUUAGCCCUAUACUUAAAAGAUGGUACUCAGUUGCAGCUGGUGUAGCCUCGGUUUCGCUACACCAGUGUUAUGGUUCAAUCUUGAUGCAGUACUUAGCUGGCCGGUCCACUAUCACUAAAGAGACUGUGGAAGUUCUGCUAACAGCGGGGAAGCUUGAGAAGGUUCUUGUGCAGAUGGUGGUUGAAGAAUCAGAGGAGUGUGAUGAUGGAGGCAAAGGGCUUGUUAGAGAGAUGGUUCCUUAUGAAGUUGAAUCUGUUAUAUUACGGCUUUUAAAGCAAUGGACUGAAGAGAAAUUGAAAACAGUUCACGAAUGCUUGAAUAGAGCAAAGGAAGCUGAGACAUGGAACCCUAAAUCAAAAUCAGAACCAUAUGCACAAUCUGCUGGAGAGUUGAUGAAGCUAGCUAAGGAUGCUAUUGAUGAGUUCUUUGAGAUCCCUAUUGGGAUUACAGAGGAUCUUGUUCAUGAUCUCGCUGAAGGAUUAGAACAACUAUUCCAAGAAUACACCGCCUUUGUUGCAUCAUGUGGUUCAAAACAGAAUUACAUUCCAACACUUCCUCCACUUACAAGAUGCAACAGAGACUCCAAAUUCAUAAAGCUUUGGAAGAAAGCUACACCGUGUACUGCCUCCGGUGAAGAUCUUAACAACCUUAGCGGCGGCGCACCAGUUAUCUCCGAUGGCAACCACCCUCGUCCCUCCACGAGCCGAGGGACACAACGCCUCUACAUACGCCUCAACACUUUACACUUCCUAAGCACUCAACUCCACUCCCUCAACAAAGCUCUCUCCCUAAACCCUAAAGUCCUCCCCGCGGCGCGUAAACGCUACCGCGAAAAGACAAACUCAUCCUCUUACUUCGACUUCACGCAAGCGGGAAUCGAAACCGCGUGCCAACAUGUCUCGGAAGUUGCAGCUUACAGACUAAUCUUCCUAGAUUCAUACUCUGUCUUCUACGAGAGUCUCUACAUAGGAGACGUCGCCAACGCGAGGAUCAAACCUGCGUUACGGAUCUUGAAACAGAACUUAACGUUAAUGACAGCGAUUCUUGCCGACCGAGCUCAAGCGUUAGCGAUGAGAGAAGUCAUGAAAGCAUCUUUCGAAGUGGUUUUAACGGUUUUGCUAGCGGGAGGACAUUCACGAGUCUUCUACCGAACUGAUCACGAGCUAAUAGAGGAAGACUUCGAGAGUUUGAAGAAGGUUUACUGCACUUGUGGUGAAGGGUUGAUUCCAGAAGAGGUGGUUGAUAGGGAGGGAGAGACGGUGGAAGGAGUUAUACAGUUGAUGAGUCAACCAACGGAGCAGCUUAUGGAAGAUUUUAGUAUCGUGACGUGUGAAUCAAGUGGGAUGGGUUUGGUCGGGACGGGACAGAAGCUUCCUAUGCCUCCCACGACAGGAAGAUGGAACAGGUCGGAUCCGAAUACGAUCUUGAGAGUUCUUUGUUAUAGAGAUGAUCGUGUUGCUAAUCAGUUCUUGAAGAAGUCGUUCCAGCUAGGUAAACGAAGAUGAUAUGAUUGUCUCCAUAUAUAAGAUGUGAUCCGUCGUGUGUAUGAGUUUCAGGGUUAUGAUUAAUGAGCCAUUUCAAUAAAAAUACUCGUUGCG